GAUAUCAAUAACUAGAGUGACAGCUGACAUUUCUCUUGCUAAGAGGUCUGUUCUAAAUAAUCCAAGCAAGAGGGCAAUAAUUGAGCGGUCAAAUACAAGAUCCAGUUUAGCUGAAGUACAGAGUGAAAUUGAAAGAAUCUUUGAGCUGGCAAGGUCCUUACAACUGGUUGUCCUAGAUGCAGACACUAUCAAUCACCCUGCACAACUUAUCAAGACAUCUUUAGCACCAAUUAUUGUCCAUGUUAAAGUGUCUUCUCCAAAGGUUUUGCAGCGACUGAUUAAAUCUAGAGGAAAGUCACAAAGUAAACACUUGAAUGUUCAGUUGGUGGCAGCUGAUAAACUUGCACAAUGCCCACCAGAAAUGUUUGAUGUAAUUUUGGAUGAAAAUCAGCUUGAAGAUGCUUGCGAACACUUGGCAGAAUAUCUUGAGGCAUACUGGCGUGCUACUCACACCACCAGUAGCACACCCAUGACUCCACUCCUUGGGCGAAAUUUAGGAUCCACUGCACUUUCACCAUAUCCUGCUGCAAUCUCUGGAUUACAGAGCCAGCGUAUGAGGCACAGCAGCCAUUCUACAGAGAACUCUCCAAUUGAGCGACGAAGUCUAAUGACCUCAGAUGAAAAUUACCACAAUGAAAGGGCUCGGAAGAGGAGGAACCGCUUGUCUUCCAGUUCCCAACACAGCCGAGAUCACUAUCCUCUAGUGGAAGAAGAAUACUCUGACUCAUACCAGGACACUUACAAACCCCAUAGGAACCGAGGAUCCCCGGGAGGAUAUAGCCAUGAUUCACGACACAGGCUUUGAGUUCAAGAACCUGGGGAAAAAUAGUAUUCAUCAGUUGAUAACUUGCCAUAACGUAGCUAGGAAAAAAAAUAAAAAUCAUCUUAAUUUGGCAGAUGUAAUGCAGUUACAGUAACUGAAGUUGCACUCUGCUGUCAUUUGAUGUUAAGUAGGGGGCAAAAAAAAGUUACCAUGCCCUUACGUUUAUGCCCGAUCAUAUAGGUUGUUUUUUGGAUUUUUUUUUUUUAGUACAGCAUUUGCAUUUAUAGCCAUUUUUCUUGUUGUUAGAUAUUAGACACAUCCGUUUGUAAUUUAGGGUACUUAUCAAGGCACUUAUAAAAUAAUUUCCUGUGCUGGAAAUUCCAAAUGACCAGUUCCAGUUGGAACCAAUUUAUAAACCAAUUCCUGUUGGAAUUUGGGUGAAUUGACUGGAAAGUCGACUUGAGCAUGUUGCAAUCAAUUGAAAAAAAAAAACCAAAUGAAAAAUCUGAAAAUUACAAACCACUAGAAGCCAGAAAGUCAGCUACAGUAUUUGUUUGCUGGAAGCUCAAUUUACAUUUCAAGUUAGAAUAAAAAGAUUUAUUCUAACUACUUAUUUCCAGAAUGGCUUUUUCAGACAAACCAAAUGUAAACUAUUGAGAGUGCCAAAUAUCACAAAUUAUUGCAGCAGUUACAAAAUACUUUCCAGUUUGAAAUUAUUUUUAGACCUGGCAUGAAUGUUGCAGCAAAAUGAUUUCUUUAGUUUAGCCGGUACUGACAUUUUUGUUGCAGUCAGCAAUGAUGAACUAUGACAGGAUAAGGGGAAA